GUCAUAUGAUGUUCUCUCAUUCUCACUGCGCAUGUGCAGCUCAGGGAGCGUGCAGUGCAGCGAUCGGCGGUGCGCUGUCAGUGCCACCUGUCAGUGUCCAUCAGUGCCUCGUUCCAGUGCCCAUCAGUGCCACAUCAGUGCCACAUAUUAGUGCCUACCAGUGCACAUCAAUGCCACAUAUCAGUGCCCAUCUGAGCUGCCUUUCAGUGUCACCCAUUAGUGCCAGUCAGUGCCACCUAUCAGUGCCAAUCAGUGCCACCUAUCAGUGCUGCCAAUCAGUGCCACUUAUCACUGCCAGUCAGUGCUGCCUAUCAGUGCCAGUCAGUGCUGCCUAUCAGUGUGCAUCAGUGCCGCCUAUCAGUGCGCAUCAG